UCUGUGGGGGGAAAAAAAUAAGUCUUCUUUUGGGAGACGGGGUUGGGAAAGGUCGCUAAUACAGUCUGAAAGCUGGCAUGAGCUAAGUGGAAGAGAUACAAAUACCUCCCCAAUAAACUAGAGCUGGCAAGCAGAGACAGCCGCAGCGCCGCUAUUUCAGGUUUCUUGUCCUUGGUGGGAGCUCCAGCUCCAUGGCGCUCCGCCUCCCACGCCGCCUAAGAGGGGCAGUAGUUAAGACUACGAGUCCCAUGAGGCCUCGGGCUAGGGAAUAGCUGGCCUUAGAACGCUGCUGUCCCGAGGGUCUGUGGGAGUUGUAGUUUUUGCGUCCCCAGACAGUUGGGGGGGCGUGGAAAUCAUCUGUUCCCCUUCCCUCCCACCAGGUGGGUAGAAUGUGGGCUCCGGAGCCAGAACUGGGCUGCAGGGGCUUGGAAGAAGUGUCAGGGUUCGAUCCCCAUAUUCGGAAAGUCCAGUGGGUGGGGAAGGGGGACGGCUCCGGGAGGGAUUAAGGGCCCCCCGCCCCUUCUUCGGGCAUUCUGCCCCUCACUUCCUGUUUCCGCUACUCCUCUCAUCCCUCCCCCCCUCCCCAAAUUCCUGUGGCUGAGCUCAGUCCGCUGUCUCGCUGGCAGACGAGUCGGUGGUGCAGGUAUCCUGUUCCUUACUCCCCCAGCUUGCCGCCUUUUCCUCUGUCCCUGAUCUGGGAGGUGUGGCAUUUCUGUUAUGCUAGGGAAAGGGAAGAUGGGACUCCUCUGAGAACUGAGGCGUUGUUUGCUCAGUCUGAGCCUGGUGACCCAGAGCAGUCUGAACUUGCUAACUUCGUGGUGCCUGGAAGAAAUCUCAAGAGAGCCAGUGACCCUUUCCCCCCUCCUCAUCAAACCUAAUUUCCCAGUAGCCCAUCCUUUCUUCUUGGUCUUGCUCCCCUCUUACUCCACCCUGGCUCAGCCUACAAUCCCCCUUUCCCCCUGCCCUUCCCCUUCCUCCCUAUGUCCCUGUCCCUCCCCUUCUCCUCCAGUUCCUAUGUCACCCACAUCCUCCCAUCCUCCUCUACUCUCUUCUUCUCACUUUUCUCCCCCUUCCCCCUCAUUCUCUUCUACUCUUCACCUUGAUCCCCCACCUCCUAUGCCAGUGACUUUCACAGACAUGGCUGUGUAUUUUGGAGAUGUCAUGUGGGAGAGCUACCGGAACCUCAUCUCGUUGGGAUUUCCGAUUCCCAAACCAGAAUUGAUCACCCACCUGGAGCAAGGGGCUGAGCCAUGGGGUCUGGGGUCUCAGGAGUCUGAAGAAAGGGGAGUCCCAAAAGAUCCCUAUGCAGGCAUGAGGACCAAGGAAGAAGAGGAGGCAGAAUCAGUCCCCAACCCACCCCCUGCCUUGGAGGGUUCCCCACCACCAGCUACACCCUGUGGCCCAGCCCUGCCCCCACCCCCAGCAUCCCCACCCCCACCCCCAAAGCCCUUUUCCUGCCCUGAAUGUGGUUCCUGCUUCUCACGACGCUCCCACCUCUCGCGCCAUAGGCUGAUCCACUCUGGCGAGCGCCCCUUUCCUUGCCCAGAAUGUGGCAAGUGCUUUGCCCAGGGUGCCCACCUGGCCUUGCAUCUGCGUUCCCACACAGGUGACCGACCCUAUUCUUGUGGUCAGUGUGGUCGAAGCUUUCGCCACGGCUCCCACUUGGCCCGGCACCGACGUACACAUCUACCUGAGCCCCCCUACCGAUGUGGCCAGUGUGGCAAGGGUUUCUCCCAGAGUUCUGGACUCCUGCAGCAUGCCACUGUCCACACAGGCGAGCGUCCAUAUAUAUGUGCUGUUUGUGGCAGAGGCUUUGGCCGCCACCCCAGCCUUAUCCGACACCAGAAGUCCCAUUCAGGUGAACGUCCUUUCCCCUGUCCCGAAUGUGGCAAGCGUUUCACUCAGAGCGCAAAUCUUGCCCGCCACCUUCGGACACACACUGGAGAGACACCAUACCUCUGUGGGGAAUGUGGACGUGGCUUUAGCCAGCAUCCUCGCCUCGUGGCACACCGAAAAGCCCAUCACACAGGACCCCCACCCCCACCUCCUCCUGUCCAUUCCUGCGCUGAUUGUGGUCUACUGUUCCCUCAGGCUCUGGCACUGGCCCGUCACCGGGCAGCCCAGCAUGGUGGUGAGAAGCCAUUCCGUUGCAGCCAGUGUGGGGAGGGUUUUGGCCACCGCUCCAACCUGCGGCGCCACCAGCGCGGUCAUGGUGGGGAGCGACCGUACCGCUGUAGUCAGUGUGGCAAAGGCUUUGGUCAGAGUUCAGGCCUGGUCCAGCACCAGCGUGUUCACACUGGGGAGAAGCCCUUCCGCUGCCCAGACUGUGGGCGUGGAUUCCGCUAUAGCUCCAACCUGGCACAACAUUACCGUGGCCACACUGGGGACCGGCCCUUCCGGUGUGAGCACUGCGGUCGUGGCUUUACCCGUAGUUCUCACCUGCUACGGCACCGGGCCACACAUGGUGGGGAGGAUGGAGAUGAGGACUGUGGUCCUGGAGGGGUCCCUAUGCUGACAAUUAAGGCAACUUCCAUAAGCCAGGAAUCCCCCAAGGAAUCUGGAGAAGCUGCCCAAGUGAUUGAAUCCCUAACUCAGCCAGAGUGACCUAUUUAUUCUCUCUGGUUGGAGCAACUGAGUCUGACUCCAACCCUAUCUUUUGCCAGAGUGACUCCCAAAGCAACCACUUUGUUGUGGUCCAAAUGAUUACUCUCCCCUUGUCUUUCCUCAGAAAGGGGAUGACCAGCUCACCCUGCUCAUGCCAGGAGUGAGAGGCCCUAAGUUCCCCUCCUGGCCUGGAGGGGGUGGGGUUCCCUGUGCCUAAGGAAGAGUAUUCCCCAAAGGAGAGUAAGCUCCCUGUUCAUUUUGGGUAGAGAAAAGUUCUCCUCCCUCUUCAUCUUUUUCUGUCUGAGGGGCUUGAUGAGGCUGUCUCAGGGAUAGCUGGGAAUCACUGGUCUCUGCAGGAGACCUCAAGGGAGAUAAACUGAAUCCCUGUAUCCCUGCCUGGGAUACAGAGAAACCACAUACAGAUGUGUUAGUUUACCUCCGGAAGUUGCACUUGGUCCUUAACCACCAUCCCUUUAAUUCUCUGUCUGACCCCAUGAUGCCCUGGAGGCUACCUGGGGUCCUCUCUUCUCUGGGUACCAAAGAGCUAUCCCCAACUUCCUCUGACAAUGUGAUCUCGUUUCUCCCUAGGGGUCACUAAACACUGACUACAGGACUCCCUAAGGGUCCCAGAUCUCCCUAAAACUCCUUGUCACACUUGAAGCCAAGAAUAUAGGCAAACCAGGCUAUCCCCUUCCAGUUACUUAUAUUCCCUUGCAUUACUAACAUUCUAUGGAAAACCUGUGAUUUCUGUGCUGUAGGUGCUCUCUCCAAUGAUAUAGCUCAGAAAUUGCCCAUGCCUAUGGCAAUUCUUAUUACCGUAGCCAAAAAAAAAAAAAGCAUCACCUAGUGGCCAACCUUUAGAGGCUGAACUCCUCCAAACUUAAUUAGGUUGCUUCUAGUGCAACAGACUCAAUGGGUUGUUGUGGGCUGUGCUUUUGAAAGCCUUUUCAAUUUGGUAAGUUUAAACAGAUCACUCUUGUAACAAAACCUUCAAGAACCCAGUCUUACCUCCACACCAAAAUAAGGCAUCAGAAUAAGACUAUGGUAGAUGUUUCCUUGGAUUAAAGCCUAAGAAUAUGGGGAGACGUAACUAGGGAAAUCAGGAGCAUGAUAGGAGUGCAAUAGUAGGGUCAGGUUGAAAGAAACUAAAAGAAGUUUGAAGGGAAGCAAGGGAAUUUAAAGAGAGAUUAUGAGAGACAUAAGGGGAUGAGGUGGGAGGAAAGGAUGUCACUUGUUACAAAGUAAUAAUUUCACCACACUUAUUGUGCUUUAUAGUAAAAAAAAAAGUUUUCAUCAUUUUAUUUGAUCCCCACAACCCUGUGAGGUAGAUAGGGUAGAGAGUCUGAUUCUCAUUUUUUAGAGAUAGGGGAAACCAAGGGCCUGAGAGAGGAAGGGGCAUCCUCACAUAUCCAACCAAGUCUGAUUGAGUCCAACGGAUGACUUUGUCAUACCACCGUUAAGGCACUAGUUUACUGGUCCUUGCCAUCAGAGAGCUUAUAGUCUAUUUGAGGAAACAGGACACAUCUAGAAAAAAUUAUAAGGCGAUAUAUCUAUGAGAACAAAACAGUAUGUAGUGAGACCACCUAUUUACAUUCAUGAGAUACGUAUUUCCUCACAACCUACACUUUCACCCUAGGUUGCUAAGGUGCUAAAUUCCUACCACAAGCACUACAUUUCCUUUCCUUUGCAAGUAAGAGACCCUGUAUGAAAAGCAGCCCAUGGUUCCCAUCAAAGGUUCCAGUGAAGGCUAUGAAGCUCUGAUACAGACAGGUCACAGUCUAGUGCCAAAGCUGAAACCAAAGGAGGGAACUAUUACCAUCAGUCCUUGCUUAAGGCAAUAUGGGUUGACUAGGAUGAGAAAGGUCCAUUCUUGCAAUAUCCUUCUUUCUUAUUGUUAAUAUUAAAGUAUAAAUAGUUAUUUUAGUUAAUUUAUUAAUUUUUCUCAAUGUAACUUUUGGGCUGUUACAGUAAACACUCAAUAAAUGUUUGGAUUGAAAUCUC